GAAAUCAAACAUUCAUUAACGAGAUAGUAACAAUAAUCAAACAAGACAUGAAGAAGUUCAGUAUUGACAUUAUUGUUUCAUUCAUAUUUCUAGCUUACUUUGGUGUAGUUCAAGGGGACCUUAACAUAAAUGAUUAUGGUGGUAAACCAAAUUCAGAUAUUACUGAGGCUUUCAAAAAAGUUUGGACUGAAGCAUGUGCAUCAACAUCUGCAGUUAAGAUUGUGAUUCCAUCUGGUAAUUAUAGGACAAAUGGAAUAGUUGCUGAAGGUCCAUGUAAGGCUCCAAUUGAGGUUCAAGUUGAUGGCAUAUUUCAAGCACCUUCAGACAUAAAUAGUAUGCCAAAAAGUGAUCAAUGGAUCAGGUUUGGAACUAUGGACCAUUUAACCGUAUCAGGAAAUGGAGUUUUUGAUGGUCAAGGCGCAGCUACAUGGAAACAAUCUUCAGCUGCUUGGAGCAAAAAUCAUAAUGUUAACCAAAAAGUUUCCCAGAAUUUGGGUUUUUAUUUUGUUAACAACUCCAUCGUCACUGGAAUUACAUCUAAGGACAGCAAAAAUUUCCAUUUUAUGAUUUACGGCUGCGAAAAUAUCACAUUGGAUGCUGUCAAAAUUAGUGCUCCUGGUGACAGUACAAACACCGAUGGAGUUCAUUUGGGAAAAUCAACUGAUGUUAAAAUUCUUAAUAUCGACAUUGCUACUGGAGAUGAUUGUGUUUCAUUGGGUGAUGGUUGUAGAAAAGUACUAGUACAAAAUGUGAAAUGUGGACCUGGUCAUGGUAUUAGUGUUGGAAGCCUUGGAAGGUUUACACAAGAAGAUAACGUAGAAGGUCUUAUAGUUAAGAAUUGUACUAUAUCAGAUACUGAAAAUGGUUUGAGGAUUAAAACUUGGCCAGCUGGACCAGGAACAAUUACUAUUACUGAUAUGAAUUUUGAAGAUGUUACCAUGGUUAGUGUCAGGAACCCUAUCAUCAUUGACCAAGAGUAUUGUCCAUGGAACACGUGCAACAAAAAGAUUCCUUCAAAAAUAAAGAUAAGCAAGGUUUCAUUCAAGAACAUUCAUGGAACUACAAAAGCAGAAGAGGGAGUGGUUCUUAUAUGCAGUAGUGGUGUACCGUGCGAUGGUGUGGAGUUGAGUAAUAUUGAUCUCACAUUUAAUGGAAAACCAGCAAAAGCUGUGUGUUCUAAUGUCAAACCUAUAAUUAAAGGAAAUGCUCCUACUUGUGAACCUUAUAAACCACUUCCCUCCUGAUCUUCCAAAUCCUCGGGGUCCUCUAAACUCGACGAAUCCGAUUGAUCAAUUUUUUGUACUUUUUAAUUUCAAGAGUACUAGACAACCAUCCCUAUAAUGCAGAGGAUGUUGAUUAUUAGUAGUUUAGUCUUUUAGAAAGAAAUAACUCGACUUAUGUAUUAGAAAUACUGUCAUGUAUAUGUCACCCUUCUUUUAAUAAAAU